CUCAUCCCUCUCGUCCGCAACCUUGCAUCAACAACUACACUCUCCGAAAAUAAAUAGACAUAAUAUAAGCUGACAAGAGCUAAAAGAUGAAAAAAUCUGAUCUGAUGAAAAGAAAUCUCAUGACCCUAUAAUUAAGUACUCCAUAAUAAUAAUAUAUAUAUAUAUAUAUAUUAGUCCCAAGCUCCCAGUCCCCGUGACUCCUGGAAGCUGCAAGUUCCAUCAAGAAGGCAAAGACUAUCCAGCACACAUAAGUAUAACUAUACUAUACAUAUUAGGUGCCUAAUAACUUUUGAUGCGAGAGUUGCGUUGCGAGUCUCUCGAGAGCAGACAGUGCAGCGCGGCGCUGCUCCUUAUCUCUUUCAUUUUCAUCAUCUUUCUGCUUCUUCGUCUUCGUUUCCAUCGUCGUGCGUCGUGCGCGUGUUCAUUUCAUUGUAUAUUUAUCAGUUGCGAAGAAGGAUUGCAGGCGGCCUCUCUUAUCCAACCUCAUGGUUUGUUGAAACUUGAAAGCUUUAUACAAUCAGUUCUCGAAGAGAGACACGCAAAGUGCUAACAAUUAGCACAUCCAAAGGACAAGACAUUGUGUUUUUAUUAAAAUAUUAUAUAGCAGCUAGAGCAGAAGGUCCGGGAGUAUAUAGAACUCAGCUGGGGGUCGACCGACAGCAUCAUUAUAUUUCUCGUAUUCCAAAUCACAUCAUGUACACGGUCUCCAAGGGCCCGAGCAAGAUCGUCGCCAAGACACGACGAGGAAUAAACCAGAAUCUUGAAAGAUUAGAAAACUUGAGAGACUUAACACGUAAAAGUGAUCCUGAAGAAGAUAUUUCUGAAGAGGAUAAGGCCAACAUGAAUGUACCAAAACCAGUUUUUUAUACAAAUGGAAAACUAAAACCAAAUUCACAAAGGCACAGACAAAGACAAGAAGCCAUUACACCUCAACACGAGGAACUAAUUAGAUUUGUUUGCGAUUCUUGGAAUCAAAUAAAUGACCGACAAAAGUGCUCAUCUUCAGAUGAUUCUGAUGAAUCAUCCUCCAAUGAAACAAUAGUUUAUUACAAUAGUGGAGAACCAAACCAUUUAUUACAAGAUUUCAAACCAUUUGAUCUAGAAUCUUGGUGGGGUAAGAGAUUGUUCAACAAUAUCACAAAAUCCUUGUGAAUAUUCAAGCUCUGGAAAAUGGUAUCCCCUAUCAGAGAAGCUGUGCUCGAUCCACACAUGACGUGCAUUUUUUUCGAACGCGCUCGCGCCAUAACUGUCGUACAGAACUCGCAGAGCCGUGUCGAUGAGAGAAGACAUAAAAAAAAGAAAGAAAUAGUAAAUAAUCUCUCACGCCUGAUAAAUACGUCAGUCGUGAAGGUUGCUACGAGCAAUCGAGUAGACAACAAUAGAAGCAAUGCAUCAACGAAAAGUCGGGAAAAAAAUAGUGUGCUGUGCGCGCGUGUCAAGUCUAGACAAACUUAAACGCGGAAAAACAUGGAAAUAGCAUAUGUAACUGUUGGGAACGAAGAUAUUGUGCUUCAAGGGCUGCAUAUAUAUGUGCGUGAAAAUGCGCCACGUUGUUUAAUUUUCCGAUUCUUUAUAAUGCAAUCUGCGUUUAAGUGGAUGCUAGAAUCCCAUUUUGCUUGCUUCACUCGAGCAAUUAUUCUUGGCAUUCAGUAAAAAAAUCUCAUUUUCACUUUUAUAAAAAAGAUAAAAAUCGUUUUUGUUGAAUUUUACAAAUCUAACAAAAAAGUGGGAAUGACAUUGCAUGUAUGAUCAUUAUUUUUUUGUAAAAACUAAAGAAAGACUGAUUGUUCGAGUGACUUUUGAAAAAAUUCAGAAAGCUGGCAACAUUUAUGUAAAAUAAAUCGCCUGUUUCCUGUUAGACUGAUACACUUAAGACGCUUGUUAAAAAAAAAAAAAAAAAAAAAAAGAAACACAUGUGCGCAAUUUUGUAAUACAUAAUACAUGAUUAUGGAUCACUAAUAACAACCUAUAAAUUGCGGUGAUCCUCCGCAUCCUUAUACGUGCGCCGAAAAAGAAUACAUGAGAGCUCAUCACACAUCUAUACAAAAAGGCAUUAGUACCAACGAUUGCUUUUUUCGUCAUCCUUGUAUGAUCUUCGUUUUUGUUCCCAUGGUACUUUUACACACUUGAAAAUAGUCCCCUCCCCUUGAAAUGCAAGUUAAAAAUGAAUGGCGCGUAGUCAAAGCGUAGUGCAAUAUGUAACUGGCGUAUUGUUGCCGAAUGUUGCUAGAUAUAUA